AUGAAUCCGCAAUGUUCAAAAUGUAAAGCAGCAAUGAGGAAAUAUAACUACUCCGUCAAAGAGAUAGAACGUAUGAGAAACGACUAUGCUGACUUAAAGAAAGAAGUAGAGAAACCAGCAGAAGAUAAAAUGGACAUGUUAGCAUUUCUGAACAAAAACUAUCCAACAGCUGACGAUUUCCUUCUAUCUGAUGUCAAGAAGAAGUAUAAAGAAACCUUCGGCAUAG